UCUUGAGUUGGGGAAUGGUGAGUUCUUUGGCAUCUUGAUAUGUCAGAAUGUAGAAUUGGAGGACUUCUAUCUUGUUGUAUCAACAUUUUGCCUUGGCGUGAUUACUACACCUGCGCCCUCAUUUCCUCCUGUAGAGGAUCCUUUGGAAACCCAUUUCCUUGAGGUUAACCACAGGAACCAGCAAGUGUUCAAAUUGGAAUCGCCUCCCCAUGGAUGCCCCUAUAUUGAAGGAGCAGCAGUUCUUUAGGUGUGGAGUUUCGAAGGUGGCAGAAAAAGAUGCAUUUUCUGCUCACCACUUUGAAAGUGGUCUAUGUGUUAAGCACCCCGAGGCCGCCCGAGGAAGAUGAAAAUGAGACUUUGGAAACAAGCCGCCGCCGCAUAAAGUGGGACAAUGAUGACUAUAUCUGUCGUGGACAUAUUUUGAAUGGUAUGUGCGAUUCUCUUUUUGAUGUGUAUCAAAAUGUUGAAUUUGCUAAAACGUUGUGGGAAUCGCUAGAGUCUAAGUACAUGACCGAGGAUAUAUGCUUCUAGUAAGAAAUUUUUCAUUAGUUACUUUAAUAGUUACAAAAUGGUGGACUCCAGUUCGGUCAUGGAGCAAUUUCAUGAAAUUCAACGUGUAUAUGAUCAACUUUUGAUACACAACAUGCAUGUCAAUGAAACCUUUGUUGUCGGUUCUAUAAUCGACAAAUUACCCCCUUCAUGGAAGGAAGUGAAAAAUAGCCUCAAACGCAAAAAGGAGGAUUUGUCAAUGGAGCAACUUGGUCGCCGACUUCAAAUUGAAGAAGGCAUUAAGUUGCGUGAAGGUGACAAUGGUAAAAAGAGCGACCUUCCAAUUUCCUCUAUAAAUGUUAUGGAGGAGGGACAUUCAAGUGGGUCUAAGAAAUAUAAAAAACGUCCCGGGAAAUUCACCAAAGGUUCCAAGUUUCAAAAGAAGCCAAAAAAAUAAGAAAGUGGGAUCUUGUUGGAAAUGUGGCGGUCCACACUUCAAGAGGGACUGCCCGAAGGUGAAGAAGAAGGCCCAACCGAACGGCCAUCCUAACGGUGGCCAAGACAACCAAGGUCAGAAUAUUUUUGUAGUUACAAAUGAUGAUGAUAACAACAUGAUUUUUGUAGCUAUGCUUUCUGAAAUUUGUGUUGUGCAGGAUGAUGAAUCUUGAUGGAUCGACACCGGAGCGACAAGGCAUGUAUGCAAAGAUAGGCAAGCCUUUAAGACUCUAAAAGAGUUGGAAGAAGGGCCGAUCUUAUACAUGGGAAAUGAUUCUACUGUGCAAAUUCAAGGAAUCGGCCAAGUAGAGUUGGAAUUAACUUCCGGAAAGAAAUUAAUUCUUAAUGAUGUGUACUUUGUACCACAAAUCCGGAAAAAUCUUGUCUCCGGUGGCAUCCUAAAUAACUUUGGGUUUAAACUUAGCUUUGAAGCAAAUAAGUUUAUUUUAUCUAAGGGUGGUGUAUUUGUAGGCCAAGGUUUCUUUUGUAAUGGCAUG